CAACGAGAACUACACUAAAUAUCCCAAAUUUCGGAAACGUUUGUUAUUCAGAAAUAAAUUUGCAUGCUUGACCAGGUCUUAACGUUACGGUUUGUCGGCUGAGAUCAGCGCGAAAUAUUGUUCCAGUUAAAUGGCUGACAGCGUGCGCAUAAUGCUUUUCCAUACAACCAACGCAAGCGAGCUGGAUGCCGUUAAAGAAACAAUGUCGCUAAACAGCACAAUUAACCAAAUGUCCACGGGCAAUGCAGAGUACUGGAAGAACCAUGUUCCCGGCACCGGCAACUGGAGCGAUAGUGCAUCAGCUAGCGCUGACUUAUUCUAUGUCGUUUGCUAUCCAUUUUUGUUGACCUUAUGCACAAUUGGCAAUGGACUGAAUUUGAUCGUUCUACUCAGGGAAAAAAAGAAAACCAAUGCCAACUGUUUCAUGACCGCCAUGGCUGUCGGUGAUCUCGUGUUUAUGUGGUCACGUCUGCUACGAUAUAACCAACUAACCAGCCGUAUUCUACAAAUUUCUUACAACUUCGAGGCGACCCUAGCAGUUUAUCCGUAUAUCUACUACGCGCAAAAGUGGAGCCAGUUCCUGAGCGAUUGGGUUCUGAUUGCAUUUUCCCUGGAACGACUAAUUGCCGUUGUCAGUCCGCUGCGGUUUAUGUGGCUGUUGCGACCGUUCAUCGCGCGGUGUGCGAUUGUCUGCCUUUUCGUCUUGGCUGGCGUUUUCCAAGCUGAGCGCUUUGCAACCGAAUAUUUUCGCUACAACUUCAACAGUUUGUCUCCGCGUAAUUUUCCCAAAUGGUUGCGUCAGUGGAGGGACAUAAUCGACAUUGGGGAAAUCAUUGUAAAUUUCUCGAAUUUCUUCGGUCUGGUAGUAAUUGACGCUUGCCUGAUAGCGGCCAUUAGACGCCAAGAACACUCGGAGAUACGUUCUGCUCAGACCACUAAUUAUUCAACACACCAUCACAAUUUUAACAAAAUUGUGUUGGCGGAUGUUGGACUGUACCUCUUCUACACCUGUCCAAAUAUUGUUUAUUGGUGCUUGAUGUUGGCUGACAACUAUCAGACAUUUAUCUUUUCCCUGUCCGCACAGAUUGCCGCCAACCGCAUAUGCUCUGCGCUGCAGCAAUGUAACUACUCCUUGACCUUUUAUAUUUAUAUGAUCGUCAGCAAGAAGUACAGGAGGGAUUUCGUGCGCGCAUUUGGACCUGUAAGCUGCCCACCUUGGAUAAAGAAGUGCUGCACCAGUUUGCGAGAAUCUAGUUGCUGCACUUGUAAUUGGUCUGCUAAUUCUCCUGAUGCACCACACAAAUUGUUUCCUUGCUGGCGGAAAAUGGCGAAGUCUUCUAGUGCAUCUACGGUUACGACGCAGAUUCGUGGAAGCGAAGAACAUGACAUUCCCCUGGUGUCCGUACCACAAGGACCCUUUGCUGCACAAAAUCCGAGAUAUCUCUGAAGGCCAACGACAACGUGUUAGCAGAAAGCAUGCAUUCGUCUGGAUUUGCUAUUCUUUUCUUCUGUUUUUGCACACAGCGACGUUAUUGUUUGAAAGG